UUUGAACGACAAUGUUUAUGUUUUUGUCUGUUUGGAUGGUGCCGGAAUAAUGUUCAUUAAGUCAUUUUCAUGACCCAAUAAUGAAAAAUAAAUUUUUCAUCACUAUUGGUUUUGAAAUAUCCCAUUAACGAGAUAGCAACUCCACGCAGACGAUUAACGGGGGGAAGGGGGGAAGUAUUUUUUAAAUUGUCCUCCCUCUCCACAUCUCCGUCUUUAAAUGAGACUUUUAACUAUUGGGCUAUCAUUGAAUCAUCGGCCCUUGAAGCAGUCAGUCCUCCUUGUCCCAUUAAAUUCGUUGCAGAUCACCCAGAGGAACUGGAAUAACAAUACAAAAAUGACUCCGAGGUAUUGGCCCUUCAAGUGUACCCCAACGGUGUAUCCAGUGGAGAAUUUCGACCCAACAGCAGACGCAGCAUCAAUGUGCAAAGCGAUGAAGAGCUCUGGUGUCGAUGAAGAAGCGAUAAUCGAUGUGCUUACCAACCGUGGAAUUAAACAGCGUAUGGAGAUCGCCGAGCUGUACGAGCAGCACCACAGGAGUACCCUGGUCAAUGACCUGAAGAGCAAGCUGUCUGGGAACUUGGGGGACGUGGUCGUCGCCCUCAUGACGCCGUUACAGGACUACUACGUCAGAGAACUCCACGACGCCAUUACAGGACGCAAGACCGACGAGAAAUCAAUCAUCGAAUUACUGUGCACUGUCGGUAACUGGGGGAUCAACACUGUCGUGGAGUCUUAUCAGAAACAAUAUGGAAGAAGCAUCGAGGACGACCUCAAAGACGACACUUCUGGUCAGUUCAAGAGACUGAUCGUCUCCAUUUGUCAGGCAAACAGGGAUGAGAGUGUGGGGAUAGAUCUUGCUCAAGCUCAGCUGGACGCCAAGGACCUGUACGAAGCUGGUGAGAAGCAGUGGAGAGAGGAAGACUCCCGGUUCAACGAACUCAUCGUCACCAACAGUUAUCAACAGCUUCGACAAUUAUUCCUGGAGUACGAGAAGAUCUCUGGUGAUGACAUUGAAGUCUCCAUCGAGAAGGCCUUCUCCGGAAGUAUCAAGAAAGGACUUCUUGCAUUCGUCAAAUGCACGAAAUCCAAGGUCGGCUUUCUCACCGAGAGACUUCACGCUGCAAUGCAGGGACUCGGCACCAAGGAUCGUAUCCUGAUUCGUAUUAUCGUCCUCAGGAGUGAAAUCGAUCUUGGGGAUAUCAAGGAGGCGUUUGAGAAGCGAUAUGGGAAGUCCCUGGAGAGUUGGAUUAGUGGAGACACUUCCGGGGAUUAUAGGAAAGCUCUUCUGUCUAUUAUUAAUUAGUGAAUCCUUGAAAUUAUUGUACUGAUGAUAUGUGGGGGAUCACCAGCUUGCGAACUGUGUUAAAACGGACUUCGUCAAAUGUCAGAUAAUUUAUAUUUGUUUAUUGAAUAUUUAUGAUCCUUUCGAGGAUGUAAUGAG